GUCAGGUUUAGAAUGUAAUUACUCAAGGAUUUGAUAAUACAGUGGAGUAGUUUAACAGCUUGUCUACGUGCUUCCCAUGAUAUGUUCUCUAUAUUAAAAAAUUAUGACAUCAACAUCCAAAGGAGUUCUCCGCCCAUUUUUGAUCGUCUGUAUCAUCUUGGGCUGCUUCAUGGCAUGUCUUCUCAUUUACAUCAAGCCCACAAACAGCUGGAUUUUCAGUCCCAUGGAGUCAGCCAGCUCUGUGCUGAAAAUGAAAAACUUCUUCUCCACCAAAACUGAUUAUUUUAAUGAAACCACUAUUCUGGUGUGGGUGUGGCCAUUUGGGCAGACUUUUGACCUGACAUCCUGCCAAGCAAUGUUCAACAUUCAAGGAUGCCAUCUCACAACAGACCGUUCACUGUACAACAAAUCUCAUGCAGUUCUGAUCCAUCACCGAGAUAUCAGUUGGGAUCUGACCAAUUUACCUCAGCAGGCGAGGCCACCCUUCCAGAAAUGGAUUUGGAUGAAUCUGGAAUCACCAACUCACACUCCCCAGAAGAGCGGUAUUGAACACUUGUUCAACCUGACUCUCACAUACCGCCGCGACUCAGAUAUCCAAGUGCCUUAUGGCUUCUUGACGGUGAGCACAAACCCUUUUGUGUUUGAAGUGCCAAGCAAAGAGAAGUUGGUGUGCUGGGUUGUGAGUAACUGGAACCCUGAACAUGCCAGGGUCAAGUAUUACAAUAAGCUAAGCAAAAGCAUUGAAAUCCAUACCUAUGGGCAAGCAUUUGGAGAAUAUGUCAAUGAUAAAAAUUUGAUUCCUACCAUAUCUACCUGUAAAUUUUAUCUUUCCUUUGAAAACUCAAUCCACAAAGAUUACAUUACUGAAAAGCUCUAUAAUGCUUUCCUGGCUGGCUCUGUACCUGUUGUUCUGGGACCGUCUAGGGAAAACUAUGAGAAUUAUAUUCCAGCAGAUUCAUUCAUUCAUGUGGAAGAUUAUAACUCUCCCAGUGAGCUAGCAAAGUAUCUGAAGGAAGUCGACAAAAAUAAUACAUUAUAUCUUAGUUACUUUAACUGGAGGAAGGAUUUCACCGUAAAUCUUCCACGAUUUUGGGAAUCACAUGCAUGCUUGGCUUGUGAUCAUGUGAAAAGGCAUCAAGAAUACAAGUCUGUUGGUAAUUUAGAGAAAUGGUUUUGGAAUUAAAAUAUUUCAUAAUUUGCACACUUAGUAAAAUAUUUUGAUGAGAUAUCCUACAAGUUUUGAGGAUAAGAAGAAGAACAACAUUCUACUUUUAUGUCACGAUUUAUUUUUAUUACCCUUUCCUGGGUAACAUAUAUAUUUUGAUGGAGAUUUCCCAUCAAAAUGUUUAAGAGCUCAGCAUUAGCAAUCGUCCCAUUUGGUUUUAAAUUAUCCUGUAUAUACGUAAUUAUAUGCACUGAAAAGUAAUUUAUUCUUCACUGUCAUUUAUAAACAUUGCUUGUUUAUAUUUUUGUAGUCUGUCCGUAAUGUAAGUUUGUGAUUUGAUUAUUGUUUCUACACUGAUCAGUUGUUUAAUCUAUUUGGGAAAUGAAGAUUCACAUCUUAAAAUCAUCAUAAAGAUUUUCACUAAAAAUUAUAAUCUCUAGUUCCGAGUAUUCAUACUGUAACAAAGGAAAAACAUUGCAACUGAAUUCUAACCUCUUUAACUUCGAAGUUGAACAAAGUGUAUGACUGUCUCUGUUUGAUUUUUUUAAACCUAUUUACCACAUUUGUGAGGGUAGAAUUACUCAUGUAGUGAACAAGAAAGAUGUGAAGCAGAACUGUUCUCUUCAGGAAGCUAUUAGAUUUCCCAUUUAUUUUCAUUAAGCUGAAUUGCAAAUGUAGCUACCUAUUCUUGUGAUAUAAAGUUAAAUUAUUUGAGUAUUUUUAACUAUCCAAUUUGCUGUGAUUUUUCAGCACCUCAGAAAUAAUCCUAAUAAUAUUUAAGAAACUCUAAGACAGUUCUUUUCCUGAUACAAUAACACUUCUUAUAAUAAAACAAAUAACUUCUUCAAAUGGCAAGAAAAAUGAUAUAUACAAAUAUAAACAUAUUUAUAAAUGGUGCCAUUUAUGAACAACUUUUAUUUAUCAAUUUAAUUUUUUUCUGAAACCUCAAUAUUUAGUUUUAUUUUACCAUAUUGACAAAUGAAUAAAUAUAAGAUUUGAAUCACCAUUAAAGACUUAUAAUAAUGAGUCCUAUCAUUGAAAUGAUAGAAUUCAUUUGAUUUGAGCCUUACCAUUUAAGAAAACCUAAAUAAAAUUAUCAUCAAGGUGUUAAAUAUAAUGUUGCUGUAUAUAAUAAAGUGGAGAUCUGUAGAAAACACACAGUGUUAACAUAGAGUAGGAUCUCAAUGCAUAUUAAUUGAAUGAAUUAAAAAUGGCACUGGAAGUCAAGUGAAUAUUCUUGUUUGUUUUAAGGUAGUGACAGUGGCAGUUCUAGCUUAGAGGUACUAACUGGAGAUGAUGUUUUAUAUUCCAUUUUAAUAAUUAUUCAUACAUAGCACAUAUGACCAUGGCCUUCAGGGCUUUACAGAACCAAAAUUAAUUUAUCAUUACA